AUGGCUUCAUUUAAACACUUUUUGUUUUUGUUGUUUCGAGCUUUCCUCAUAUCGCUUGGGGUCUUCAACGUCAGAGGAGAAGUUAAAUGUCCGUCAUCGUCGAAAACUUUUAACGGUUUUUGUUACUUCUUAAAUUCUAAAUCUUUAUCGUGGGAAAGUGCGAACGACAAUUGUAAAACCAACGGUGGACAGCUCGCCAGGGUUACGGGAAAACGUCUUAAUGAUUUCCUGCUGAGAGAAUUUAAAGAUGGAAUAAAAAGUACUGUGUGGAUUGGCUUGACAUUUCGUAAUGGUAAAUGGCGUUAUCCUGAUGAUAGCCUAUCGACCUAUUUCAAUUGGGAUGAUAACGAGCCAAAUAAUGCACAGGGAAAUGAAUAUUGUGUUGAAUAUCUAACAAAGGGAAAGUGGAAUGACCAUACAUGCAACACUCCGUGGCCAUUUAUCUGUGAAAAGGAGAUGGAUGAGUGUGCUUCGAAAGCUCACAGAUGUCACUCUCAAGCCACGUGCAACAACACCAUUGGAUCAUACACCUGUACUUGUAGUGAAGGAUUUACGGGGAAUGGGAAAGUUUGCGAAGAUAUGAAUGAGUGUGAUGUGAAAACUCACAGAUGUCACUCUCAAGCCUCGUGCAACAAUACCUAUGGAUCAUACACCUGUACUUGUAAUGAAGGGCUUACUGGAAAUGGGAAAGCUUGCGAAGAUAUGAAUGAGUGUGAUGUGAAAACUUACAGAUGUCACUCUCAAGCCUCGUGCAGUAAUACCUAUGGAUCAUACACCUGUACUUGUAAUGAAGGAUUUACUGGAAAUGGGAAAGUUUGCAAAGACAUAGAUGAGUGUGUGUUUGACCAUCUCGGAUGUCAUUUUCAAGCCACGUGCAAGAAUACCAAUGGAUCGUACACCUGUACUUGUAAAGAGGGAUUUUCAGGAAAUGGAAGUGUUUGCGAAGAUAAGAAUGAAUGUGAGUUAAACAAUCACAGAUGUCAUUCUCAAGCCACGUGCAAGAAUAACAUUGGAUCUUACACCUGUACUUGUUAUGAAGGAUUCACAGGAAAUGGAAUGAGUUGUGAAGAGAAAAGUUCCAUCGAAACAAAUCGAUUUAGCAGUCUCGCAAAAGAAGUAAAUGAACUGCACCGUAAGAAUACAACAGUUCAAAAAAAAUCGCGCAAGAUAUCAUAGAAGAACUCUCCAAUUUAACGGAUAGUUCCAACGAAAAUGGAGAGAAACAAAUUUUGAGUCCUCACAUUCUAAAUCAGACCGUUGAAAUACUUCGGAAAAUCAUUAAUUUGAAUAUUUCUGAUGGCAGUAUCAAGAUAUUGGGUCCUGCAAGUAAUAUAUUGGAUGACGUAAAUAGGAAAUCGUGGAGAAAAUUGACGGACGGGAAGUUGAUCCGUAAUCUGGCGAUAAUGUUGCAAAAGUAUGGACUGCAAUAUGGAGAGAAUUUGAAGAACAACCAAUCUAUCUCGACUAUAUUCAACAAUCAUUCUAACGUACAGAUAGGUGUAAAAUACCUAAAGGGCCUAGAAUUGCCACUUCAGGUUAGAACUUUCGAUUUUCCAAAUACAUCGUUCACUAUAUCAAACGACGCUCUUCCGAAGAAUUCUGGAGCUGUGGUAGUUGUCGUGUGGUAUAAGACACUAAAUUCACUCCGGAGUGGCAAUUAUUAUGAUGGCAAUAAUCAUACAAUAAACAGCAAAAUCGUCAGUGUCAGUGUUCAUCCGCCCCCUG